GUCUGUGACAGUAAAGCAUUCGAGAGUAUGAAAAUUGAUAUGAGCAGUUUACGCUUCUGUGACAAGAGCCUUCCUUACGAGGUACGAGCCAAGGACUUGAUAGAUCGAAUGACACUGGAAGAGAAGGUGGCACAGCUUGGCGACAAAGCCAUGGGAGUGCAGCGCUUAAACCUACCAGGGUACGAGUGGUGGUCGGAGGCACUCCAUGGUGUUUCAGACGUCGGUCCCGGCACUCGUUUCGAUCAAACUGUGCCUGCAGCCACCAGCUUUCCCACUGUUAUCCUCACCACCUCCUCUUUUAACGAGACCUUGUGGAAAACCAUAGGCGAGGUCGUAUCGGAUGAAGCAAGAGCUAUGUACAAUUUAGGAUUGGCUGGAUUGACGUUUUGGAGUCCAACCAUUAACGUUAUUAGAGAUCCAAGGUGGGGGAGAAUUACAGAAACACCUGGGGAAGAUCCUUAUGUGGUUGGACGUUAUGCUGUUAAUUAUGUAAGAGGCCUACAAGAUGUGAAAGGUUAUGAGAAAACUAGGAACCCAAACUCAAGGCCUCUCAAGGUUGGAGCAUGUUGUAAACACUUUGCAGCCUACGAUGUCGAUAAUUGGAAGGGGGUUGAUCGCUACCAUUUUGAUGCAGAGGUGACAGAGAGGGAUAUGGUGGAGACCUUUCUUCAACCAUUUAAGAUGUGCGUAAAAGAUGGGGAUGUAGCUAGUGUCAUGUGUUCAUAUAAUCGAGUCAAUGGCAUACCAGUUUGUGCUGAUCCCAAGCUCUUGAAUGGGACAAUCAGGCAGCACUGGAAUCUCAAUGGUUACAUUGUUGCUGAUUGUGAUUCCAUUGAAGUUAUGGUUAACGGCCACAAAUAUCUUAAUGAUACACCAGUAGAGGCUGUUGGCCAAGCACUCAAAGCCGGGAUGGAUCUAGAUUGCGGGAAAUACUACCCAAAAUAUGCAACACAAGCAGUGAAGCAAGGGAAGGUGACUGAAGCUGAAAUCGAUGCUUCUCUAAAGAACCUUAUCAUUGUUCUAUUGAGACUUGGGUGGUUUGAUGGUAACCCUGGUGGGUACUCAGGACUAGGGAAGAACGACAUAUGUUCUCCAUCGCAUCUCGAGCUCUCGGCUGAGGCUGCAAGGCAGGGCAUCGUCUUGCUAAAAAAUGAUAAGAACACUUUGCCAUUGAUCAUUGGCAUUGGACGACCCAAGUUCGCCAUUGUUGGACCCCAUGCAAAUUCUACCAGAUCAAUGAUUGGUAACUAUAGUGGUGUAACAUGUCAUUACUCAAAACCAAUCGAUGCGAUCGCCGAGUAUGGAGACGUGGUCUAUGCACCAGGAUGCCAAGGUGUGAAAUGCCCAAAUGGUGAUGGGAUCAAUCAAGCAGUACAAAUCUCGAAGCAAGCUGAUGCAACCUUCAUCUUUGUGGGUCUGGACCUCUCGGUUGAGGCUGAGAGCUUGGAUAGAAAUGACCUCAACUUCCCUGGCUUUCAGAAGGCACUCAUCACCCAAAUCAGUGAAGCUGCCACCAAGCCAGUCAUUGUUGUCAUUUUCUCUGCAGGAGGCAUUGACAUCUCCUUCUUACAGCAAAACCCCAAGGUUCAAGCCAUCGUUUGGGUCGGCUACCCUGGGGCCGGGGGAGGUCGUGCCAUUGCAGAUGUCAUUUUUGGCAAGUACAACCCAGCUGGACGUCUUCCGAUUACAUGGUACCCGGCGAGUUAUGUAGAUGAAUUGCCAAUGACAUCAAUGCCUUUGAGACCAGUCCCAGAGUCUAAGUACCCAGGAAGAACAUACAAGUUCUAUAAUGGAUCAACGAUUUAUCCCUUCGGUUACGGAUUGAGCUACACCACCUUCAAAUAUGCCAUUAAGUCUGCAACAAAUCCAAUUACUUUGAACCUGGCGCGGUUCCAACAAUGCAAGCAACUCCAGUUCUUGGACGGUAGGAGGACAGAUUGUCCAGCCGUCUUAGUGGAUGAGUCACAUUGCACUCAAACAGUGAUGGUAAAAGCAAAGGUGACCAACACAGGAAAAAGGGAUGGAGCACAUGUUGUGUUCGUAUACUCUAUCCCACCAUCUGGCAUUGUAGGAGCACCCAUUAAGAGACUUAUUGCAUUCAAGCGAGUGUUUGUAGUAGCAGGAACGUCUCAAAUAGUGCCUUUCAAGUUGAAUGCAUGUCACGAUUUUAGCAUUGUCGCCGAUGAUGCUUAUGAACUAUUGCCGUCAGGGCAACAUACGAUCGUUGUUGGAAAUGGAGAUGAUGCAGUUUCAGCUCAAAUUGCUAUCGGUUUUAACCACAAUUAG